UGAUUUAAAGUCAGCAGAUAACCGUGCUGGAGGCAGAACGUUGCCGAGACGUUGAAAGUCAUAUAAUCGGCCAAUCCUGUCAAUGUGAAAACAGUGUGCACACUGCACACGGGUUGCACACGUUAUCAGGAGAAAUUUCUGCGCAGUGGCAUAUUCAAGGCUACUUUUAUUUCGUAAAAAAUAAACGGGUGAUUGUACGAACAGUGUUUUGUGGACAUGAAUACAGAGCAAAUGUUUGCCAAACAGUUGGUAACUUGUUCUGCGCUGAUGGCGGAGUUGUCCGCGCGUUAUUUUUUCGAAAGUCUCUUAAUAAAUUAAUAGUGAACUAUAUUUUUUGUAGUGAGGAUAGGGAAUUGCCGUAAAUGGCUUUGAUCUGAUGGAGCGUCAAGGCAGAUCGAAAAGUAAUAUUUAAGAAACGUCGACCAGAACGUGACAGGUGAAAUAUACAUAGCAUGAAUUGCAUGGAUAUUAAAUCUUAUUAAGGACAUUGCACUGACAUCGGAGCAAUUAUGAAAAUAAGAAGCUCUUAAGACAGCUUAAGAUCCUUUUUAACUAAUAUGAGUGCAUCGGAUCGACGCGCUGGGGAUCAUGUACUGUGGCGUGGACAUAAAAUGGAUGCAACGAGUCCAGCUAUUAUGGAAAGCUUAGAUAGCAUGCCAUACAGCAAUCGAGACGGACUGCUUAAUCCCGAUGGUGCACCUUCUCCUCAAGACCAUCUUUCUCUACAUGAAUCACCUACUUUACAUGAUCUUCCUUCAAAAUCACCAGUAUGGGUGCACCAUGAACCGAGGAGUUUUCUUUUAAUCGAUGGGAAAGAGAACCUUAAGGUUUCCAAUGCAGAACAAUUUGUUGAAAACUUAAAUUGUACAGAGAGGGAUUUGAAGGUCAAGGUUGUAUCUAUAUUUGGAAAUACGGGGGAUGGCAAAAGUCAUACAUUAAACCAGACGUUCUUCGGAGGACAUGAAGUUUUUAGAACUUCAAAUGAACAAAACUCAUGCACUCUUGGUGUUUGGGCCGCCUUCGAUCCAACCCUCAAUGUUAUUUGUUUGGAUACUGAAGGUCUUUUAGGAGUGACUGUACAUGAAAAUGAACGUACUAGACUUCUGUUAAAAGUUUUAGCUGUUUCUGAUAUUGUAGUGUAUAGAACACGGUCAGAGAGACUACACAGAGAUCUUUUUACGUUUUUUGGCGCCGCUUCUCGUGCUUAUAGCCAUCACUUUCAAACAGCCUUACAAGCAGUUGGCCAAAGAGAAGGUGGUCUCAAUUCUUUAAGUGCUCUUGGUCCAAGUGUUAUAGUCUUUCAUGAGACCAGACAUACUAGGCCUCUUAGCAAUAAUUCAUCGGAGAGUGCAGAGGAUAUCCUUCGAACACGUUUUGCUCAGAUGCGACUAGAAAUUGAAGCAUUUAGUUCAAUAAAGUACGUUGGAGUUCAAACUUUUAAUUCACCAACGAAUUACGAACCUGUGCGGAGUGCCAUUAAAAAUGAAUUGAACAAUACAACAGUGAGAUCUGCUAGGAGACCCCAUCUAGUCUACAGUACACUGAAAGUCUUAAACGAUAAGUUUUCUGGGGAAAUAGAAAAUGUCUCAAAUAUCCUAUUCCCUGAUCAGUACUUCACCUGCCCAGUCAAGUGCCUAAGUUGCAUGUGUAGGUGCCAUAACAGUAUGGGACAUAUUCGCGAAGGAAAACCACACAGUAGUGAUACUAGAUGUCGUUACCAACAUCAGUAUGAAAAUUUAGUGUACAUAUGUAAGAAAUGUCACAACAACGGAAACGAAGUUGUUGUAACUAGCCGGACGCAAACACAAAAUGAUAAUAGUUGGUAUGGAUUUGCUAAAUAUGCUUGGUGCGGAUAUGUGAUAGAGUGUCCUCACUGCGGUGAAAUAUACAGAAGCCGGCAGUAUUGGUAUGGAAACAAAAAUCCAGAGGAUGCAGCAGUGCGUACAGAAAUUACACACGUGUGGAAUAUGACUAAUGUCUCAAUGGCAUCGCAAAUCACAGCACAGAGAGUACUCGAUGGUGUAUCAUAUAUUUCAGAAGCAGUAAGUAAUAUUUCAUUGCAACCAACAAAAGCAGUGUCAGCCUGGGUAGCUGAUCAAGUAGCACCCACAUAUUGGCGUCCAAAUCAUGAAAUAAAACACUGCCACAAAUGCCACGCGCUCUUUGGCCCAGCUGAUACGAAACAUCACUGCCGAGCCUGUGGUGAAGGAUUUUGCGCUAUGUGUUCCUCUCAUACAAAAUGUGUACCCUCGAAAAAUUGGCAUACUCCAGUAAGAGUUUGUGACAUAUGCUACGCCAAAGAUAUGAAUUGUAAUGAAGAUCUGAACGACGGCAAUGAGGAUGUGAGUGUCAGGAAGGUGACCGAACAUGUGGUCUCCACAUUAAGCGCUGUUGGUACAGUUUUAACAUAUUCAAAAAGCCUCGUAAAGGAUACCGUACGUCCUACGUACUGGGUACCUGAUUCGGAAGUCACCGAUUGUUGCGUGUGCAAGCAGAAGUUUUCGGAUACUGUGCCUCUGCAUCAUUGUAGAGAUUGCGGUCGCGGAGUGUGCCAAGAUUGUUCGCAACAUCGUAAACCGGUACCACGACGUGGUUGGGACAAACCGGUUCGCGUGUGCGAUUCCUGUAUCAAAAUCGAUUGAGAAAACGCCAUGGAAUUACGGCAGGUCCAUAAGACAAUGUGAAUUCAUUCUACAUGUACGUUCUAUCUUAAAGUUUAGCAGAAUUCUCAUAGUGUCGAUAUCAGUUGCAGUAACAAUUUUUCACAAAUACCUUCUACAAGAUCUUGCAGCCCCCUUAAUUCUGGAUAAUAUUUAAUGAAAUGGAGGUUGCAUUAUUUACAAAUAAUUGAAUUAUUUUCGAAAGGCGCAUAUCGAGGAUUUAAAUUUAUAGUUUACAAGAACAUUGCAUCAAUCCUUCGUAUUUUUGCUUAAAACGAAACAGAGUAAAUUUAUUUGAAACGCUUUACAAAUUUAUAAAAAGUCCUCGUGUCCAUUAAAGAAAAUGUCCUAUUCUAUUUUCUCUACGAUUAUAGUCAAUAUUCAAAUUAUAAUGUUUAUGAAAAUUUUAAUGAAACAAAUGUUUCAUGAGCUGCGUACGUUGACUUUGAGACUUAGUAUUAUUGUUAAAAUGGAAUUAUAUCCGAUGUGCAUUUAACUUUUGAUUAAGGGAAAAAAAUCAUAUAUUGUAGAUAGAAUAAAGUAUAGACUUCAGUAAGUCUCAUAGUUAUUAUUAAUAUGUUAAAUAUUGAUGGUGUACGCAAUUCUUGAAUAUUUGAAUGUAACAGUGAAGUUGCGUACGCAUUUAGAAAAAACCAAGUGUAAAGUAUAUAAAGAAUGAGCAAUGUUUAGCAGGAUUGCCGUCGGCGUAAAUAAGAUGAUAGUGUGUACGGCCAUUCUGCAUCAACACAGUAUAAUUAAAUAUAGACAUAAGUUUAGUUUUAACGACGACGAUUGAUCUAUUUACAAAUAUAAAGAUUCGUGAGAAUGAUUCCUGGCUGUGACAUGUUAGAUACUGUAAACAGCAUUUAUCGACAAUGCUCAAUGAUGGGCGGAAAAAUCCCUAUCUGAUUUUAGGUAUGGAAACUGAGUACUGAUGCUAAUUGCAUUCCACGGACGAUUUACUCUCUUGCUGUUCAAAAUUUCGAUAUGAAUAAAUGGGCAAUUAUUAAAUUAGAA